UGAUCUGCAAACUGUUAUUCUCUGAGCUGCUUUACUCCAGCUGGCUGCAGAGUCCCGCCCAUGAAGCAGAUCCGUCCACCUGAUACCGGACGCGGAAAGACAACCGGCGUCGAGAGGAUGCUCCCCGGUGACAUCGAGAGGGGGGUUUCCAGCCUCCGUUGGUUGACGGUCCGUUUUGGAUAUCAAAAGAGGCGGGGCUCUUUGGUUGAUCUCUGUUUUGCUUGUUUGUACAUGGCUGCAGAGCCUCGCGCAACAGAAAUGUGCAAAAAAAUGACCAUCACGUGAAUGCUGUCAGCACAUCGGCAACAAAGAUCAAGAGUGUGUAAGACCGAGGAGGAUGAGGGACCGAGCACCGAGGAGGAUUCACAGUCCUUCCACGGGGUCGGCAUCUGCAAAUGGUUCAACGUCCGCAUGGGCUUCGGCUUCUUGUCCAUGACUAACCGAGAGGGAGUGCCACUGGACGAACCGGUCGACGUGUUCGUCCAUCAGAGCAAGUUGCACAUGGAGGGCUUCCGCAGCCUGAAGGAGGGCGAGGUGGUCGAGUUUACCUUCAAGAAGUCGUCAAAGGGCCUCGAGUCGCAGAGAGUUACUGGACCAGGUGGCAUCCACUGUGUGGGCAGUGAGAGGAGACCCAAAGGCAAGAAGGUCCAGAAGCGACGUUCAAAGGGAGACAGGUGCUACAACUGCGGAGGCCUGGACCACCACGCCAAAGAGUGCAAGUUACCACCCCAGCCCAAGAAGUGCCAUUUCUGCCAGAGCAUCGACCACAUGGUCGCCAACUGCCCAAUCAAAGCACAACAGUCCUCACCGAGUUCUCAGGGAAAACCGUCCCCACUGAAAGGAGACGAGGAGCACAGCCAUGCGGCGCCGCCUCCCGAAACCACCGAUUAAGCGAGAAAUUUGGGGCAACACUGACGCCGGGGAAGCACAGAGGCCAAUCAAAGUGCUUUGAUGGAGAGACGGGACACAUGGAUCCCCUUCCACCCGUUGAAGCUGCUUUUGGAACUACCUCAGGUUAAGAAAAAAAAAAUUGCUGAUGAAGAAUGUUGCUGAUGUUUUUUUGUUGUUGUCAUUUUUCAGUUGGUGUAACACACACUCAGGAAUACUGCUGUAUUAUUGCACUCAGGACGCUUUUCUAAAUGUUCAAAUCACUGCUGUUGCUCGAGGGGUUUAGGAUUGUAGUGAGCAAUGCCAAAUAACGGGUUAUCUUGAUGAUGAGUUUUUGUAGAAUCUCUUUUUCUUUCUUUAAUGUGAUACUGUGCCUCUCCUGUGGGCAUUAUACCUCUUCUGUUCUUGUGAAAUACUCCGUGUGUUUCGUAUAGAGUUACACUUUUGCUGCCUUACCAUUUAGUCUCCUUCCUGACUGUUACACCUCAACAUCCAACAGAGACAAGACAGUGGGUACCUCUGUGAUGAAUGUUAGUUUGUAUAUUGCAUGGGGAAGGGGAGGGUUCGGGAAAACACAUGGGACGGGUUUUAGGGUAUAGCUAUAGGCCAUGUAUUGGCAUCUGCCAAUAUUGCAAUUGACCAUCCAGUUUUCCUGGGGCCAAAUGAAUGUCAGACCAGAAGUUAUUUUGAGCUUUUGGUCAGAGUUGUUUGUUUUUUUUGUCAAUUAAUUUUCCUCCAGCGUUUUGCUGGCUGUCUUAAGGUGCAUGGUAUACCUCAUUGGCUUGUGUUUGGUCUGCUACCAAUACUGUCAUUCUAACCGCUGAUGGUAAACCAAAUAUUCUCACAAUAUGGUUUUGGAGAUCGUGAUUUGAGUUGGGAUUAAAUCAAAUCCUCGUUGCACUACAGUAUUUACAAAGUAUUGCCAUUAGUUAUAAGAGAAUCCAUUAAAGCUAGGGUUGGUUUUGUUGAAAUUCUCAUAACAUACCGACAGCAAUCAAUACAUUUGACAAAAAAAGAAGAAACAAUUCUGGUAUCGAUGGCUGUCGCAGGACUUUAAUAAGCCCGUCCAAUCAUUUCAUUCAGCCUAAAUGAAAUGAUCGGACGGCCUGCUUGCAUGCUCUCAUUGCUAUUCACCAGAGUCUUCCACAAGCUGCUAACAAUAGCCACGUAUGCUGUUUACGUUCAUGCUUACGAUGAUCAUUUUGGAAGAAUGGCUUUGGAGGGUAUAGGCCUGAAGGGAUGGGAUGCAUACGUGGCGACUUUCUUGCUAGAUUUAGCCACCGUAGGAGCUAGUGCUGCUAGCUACAUCCAUUGGAAGAGUUGGCAACACUGGGCUGGGUUAUGCGGUUAAGCUUCUCUUGCUUGUUUUGCAACAUUUCCAACCUUAGCUUUAAAGAGUAGCUUAACACAUCCACACCUGAGACCUGUCAGUUUUGAAAAUGAUAGAAAUUGUGGGUGUUCUGUUGGAGCAUACUGGCCACUUAAAUGUCUUGAGCAUCUGACCACACACCAGCUGGAUGUGGUCAGCUGUACUUAUUAGACUGGGUGUAGUCUCUCUUAAAUCUCAACCACAGAGGCCAGCAAAACACAGUUUUCAGCCUGCUGUUAAGUUGCUCUUUAACAUUUCUGAGAGCUUGGUCAACUUUCCAUCCACAGUAUGCUCUCAUUCUAUUGGCUGCUGUGUGAAAUACUGCUGCUUUAUAGUCACUUCAACUUGGAUUUGAUAGAAUUCCAACCAAUGUGAUACUAAACCCAGCACGUCAUCACACGUAAUAAGAUACUUGAACUGGACUGAGUUACUGAGGGGUCCAGCUAGCUCUCCUCUUGAUACUUGAAUAAAAAAUGAGGCAGAAUUAGACAUAAUAUUGCCAGUGGGAAGGCUGGUAUUUUAUAUCCAGUGUGAUCCAUUUCUAGGUAGUUAUUUAAGACAUUACCUCCCUAUAACCCUUAGUAGGGUAAUAGUUCAGGAACACCAAGCCUGCACGGAGGAGCAUGUAGAACUAGCUAGCUAAUCAGCAUUUACUCCCAUUUUACAGGAGAUGCUGACAUGACUUUUACACCCAAAUAAUAUAUAUGUAAAAUUAUUCUAAAGCCUUUAAAAAAAAAAAAAAAAAUCAUACUACUUAUUUAUUUUCAUCCAAGAGUGCUGCCACUUCUCCCUCUGCUCCUGUUGAAGCCAUUAUUGUUCUAGUAGACAUUAAAAAGAACUGCCAAAUGUCAUUCAAAGCUAUAUAUGACAUGAGAAUAUAUUUGGGUCACCCAUUUUUAACAUCAAGGUACUCGUAUAAUUUGUACAUAUGUGCUUGAUAAAUCACGGUCAUUGUCCUUAAACAAUAAUUCGAUGCCGUAUGAAUGCAGUAUAACAGUAAUACUGCAACACACUAACAAUAUACAGUACAUACUGUACAGGUACAUAGAAUUAUGAGGACUGACGUAAACUUUGAGUUUGUUUUUCCUUUGCCUUGUAUCAAUUUGUUUUUUUAAUUUAUUUUUAUGAACUAUGAGCCUUUUGUAAGAGAGUCCCAUUGUUAUUCCAAUUUAGCCAAACCCAAUGCAAUGUUACUCUGCACUAAUCAUGUGUAAGAUGCAUUAAUUCAUUUUCAUACUCAGUUUAAUCUCUUUUUGAAUACGUUCCAUGUUUUAUAUUCUCUUUUUUAGAUUUUCAUAUACCACAUACAGUCGGUCGCUGGUUAGGGAAAAGAAGAAAAAAAAACUCAACUCCACUCUUAGGCUCAUCUCAGGAAUUGCCAAUCUGAAAACUCAGGGAAUACUUCAGAUUGAUUUGAAGGAGUCGAGGAGUGUUUAUACAAGACUAAGAAGAGACUGAGUGUUCAUCCGCAUGAUGUCAAGCGGAGAA